AAGAGUCUAAUCAUCGUGUAGAUAUCAUUUGUAUCGCUAAUUGGAUUUCAAGAACAUUUCAUGAAAGGACUUGUGGAGCGGAGUGCAACUUGUAAUUGAACGGCUAUUUCCAUGUACAGUUGCUUCCGAGCAACGUCGCCAGUGGUUGCUCGCCAUUUUCCUUUUCCUUCUCACAGAAUAUCAAGGCGUUCAUUGGCUACGAAACAUAACGCCUAUCCCUUUCCUCGCCAUACGAAUCCUACGCCGCACCAAAUAUUCCAUCUGCCACGGUCUGCGUCCACAGAGGAUGUCAAAGCAAGAUACUAUGAACUCGUUCGUAUAUACCAUCCCGACACGGUAGAUUCGUCUGUGUCCUCCGAGUUGGCCCAUGCUCGAUUCCAAUCCAUAACAGAUGCUUACAACGUUCUUCGUGGAAAAACGGCGUCCCAAGCUGAUCCCGUCAGCGAAGCCCAGCAGGCGACUACCGCAGCACGGAGAGCAGUCCAUGUUCGGCGCCAUAGAGAAUUGUACGAGGGCGGUGCUAUUGAUGACAGCUGGAAAGAUCGUCUGAUAAUUGUCGGUCUCGUUGCAACUGUUAUUAUCAUCGUUGCCCAAGCAGUCAUUGUGCGGCAAACGAAACUGCAGGAAGCUCGUUCUUUGUACUCUAGACGAAGUCCCCCGCAAGAAGAUUCUCGGUUAUCAUCUUCUCCAGUCCAGCCCGAAUCAUAGCCAUAGUCCAUGAAAUAAAUAUUUGAACCGGU